AUGCAUCUUCAUGAACAGAAUCAGUCUUCUAUCACAUGGUUUCUUCUCUUGGGAUUCUCACAGUUUCACGAGCUUCAGCUUUUAUUCUUCAUUGUUUUCCUUGUUUAUUACCUGGUAGCAGUUGGAGUAAAUGUUCUCAUCAUUGCUGCAGUAGCUACAGACCACCAUUUACAUAACCCCAUGUAUUUCUUUCUGAUGACUUUGGCCAUACAGGAUGUGGGACAAGUUACAGUCAUUGUCCCCAAAUCCAUGGCCAAUUUAAUCCUGGAUACUAGACAGAUUUCAUAUUCUGGAUGUGUUUCUCAAGUGCUUUUCUCCCUCUUCUUUUUAGCAUCUGAUUUCUUUCUUCUCACAGUUAUGGCUUAUGACCGGUAUGUUGCCAUUUGCAUUCCAUUACAAUAUGAGAUGUUGGUGAACAAGAAAGCCUGUCUUCAGAUGAUUGCUAUUGUCUGGAUAAUCAGCAUUCUUUAUGGAGUCUUACACACUGGUGGUACCUUUGCAGUCCCCUUUUGCUCCAAAGUUGUCAAUCAAUUUUUCUGUGAAAUCCCACAGUUAAUGAAACUCACCUGCUCCAACUUCCACCUAAUGGAAUUUAGAUUUAUUUUGUUUAUAGGAUGUUUUAUUUUCAUCAUUGUGACUUAUGUGUGCAUCUUUACAGCAGUGCUAAAAAUUCCCUCCUUGCAGGGAAGGCAGAAAGCUUUUUCUACUUGCAUUCCCCACCUCAUUGUGGUUUCCAUAUUUGUGUUUACAACAUGUUCUGUUUAUAUCAAGCCCUCCUCUAAUUCUCCACCAUCUCUUGAUUUGGUAAUGACUAUAUCAUAUUCCAUGAUUCCCCCUUUAAUGAACCCCGUAUUCUACAGCUUGAGAAACAAUGAAAUAAAAAGAGCUCUAGCUAAAGUUCUAUGUUUUACAUAA